UUUCCCCUGCAAUUGAGAGGACGCAGUUCUUGUAGAAUAUUUCCCAACGAAAUGAGCCGCGAAGUUCUGGAGCCUCCUGUGCUGGGCAUGAGCCAGAACCGCCGCUAUCGCGUUAAUGUAGUACACGAAGAUUUUGGCGGCGACAAGUGGAAUGGAGGCAACAAACAAGGCCGCUCAGUGUCCAAGGGCUAUGAAGAACCCGAUCUUUACGGCGAAGAUGAUGACGAGGAGGACCCGGACGCCGCCAAGAUAGAAGAUAAUGUUUCUGGCGGCUAUAAACUUUCGUUCCAUGUGUCCAAAUCAUUUUAUGGCGGACUGAUUGGUGCCAAGGGAUCGACCAAGCGUCGCAUCGAGGAAGAAACCCGAUCGGAAAUUUACAUUCCACGUCAGCACGAGGCGUCAUCGAAUGUGACGAUCAAGGCCAAGGAGCGCAGCCAGGUGUGUGCUGCCUUGCGCCAGAUCCGCUCACUUGUUGGUUCGCUGCGCAGGAAGAUGCGUCCAACGCAUUUUCUUGCUGUUCCAUUGAACUUUGGCGAAGUGCAGAAUCGCUUCUUGGAGCUUAAGACAAGCAUUUUGGAGGCUCAGCUCCCAGGCAUCGAUACGGAACUCUUCACUCCCGAGAUCUGUAUCCACCUAACUUUGGGUGUCUAUGUGCUGCUGGAUGACGACGAGCGUAAGAAAGCAUUGGAGGAGCUCGAGUCCUGUCGCUCCAUGCUGGCAGAUCUAGCUACUCCAUUCGAGAUGAAAGUAAAGGGUCUGGAGAUCAUGAAUGAUGAUCCAAGCUCCACUCGCAUUGUGUACGGCUGCAUUGAGGCUCCCGAGCUGCAGAAGUUUGCCGACCGGUGCUUGGCCCAUUUUCAAACGACUGGAUUUUCGGCCACGGAUAAUAACGAUCGCAAUUCCAUUAAGCUGCACAUGACCGUGCUGAACAACCGCUAUCGCAAGAAGGAAUUGAAGUGCCCAAACAGCUUCGAUGCCCGCGAGAUACUGAAGCGGUUUGGGGACUUUGACUUCGGAUCUGCAAAGUGUAGCGCCGUGCAUUUGUGCGCGCUGCAAUCAAGCGGGACUGACGGCUUCUACAAGAUCAGCGGCAGUCUGGAAUUCUAGCAAGUUUCCCGCUGCAAUCCAUAUAUCCAAUAGGAGUGUAAAAUAAAUGUAAUUACAGAAAAGCGUACACAUA